UCCAAGGCUGGAGCACGGACCCAGCGCAGUUCACUGUCUACAUUUGGUUUUGUUGUUGACAUCGUUUCCGGAAAUACACUGGGUCGGAAUUCUGGAUUACUGGAUGCUGGAGCACGAAUCCAGCGCAGAUCAUCGUCAGAUGUUGACUUUGCUGUUGACAUCGUUAAUGUUGAUCUUAUUCACAAGUAUUCCCAACAAACGCACGACGCAAAAGAAAACUGUCUAAUGGAUGAAAUCCUAUUCUUUAAUUAGUUUAAUAAAUCAACUUUUUUCUUACGGCCAGUUUGUGUUUUGAAACUGAACUCAAAAUCAGAACUGCAGUUUAAAAAUGCGACAGGCCAUAGCCGCAACCGCCUUGGUGGCAGUCAACAACUCAUCUUGCGAGAUUAGCUCUUUAGCUUGGCUGUUCACCCGAGCGUCUUUUCACAACAAUGGCGGCCAAUAUUAUGGAUAACUACACCGAACUUCUAGCCACGCAAGACGAGAAUGCUGCUACGAAUAAAACUCGCAACGUGCGCACUGCGCCCGACACCUGUGCCAGUCUGACGGAUGAUCAGGACUCGUGUGAUUCCUUGUACGGUGAUAACCAGCCGUAUGCAUCACGCAAAGCAAAAGAGGAAGUGGACGUGCUGCCAGCGUACGAAGCGGAGUGCCCUGUGGAUCCUCAUGAGCCUGAACGCUCAGACACGACGGACUCGUCGCAUUCCUCCGAGUCCUCUCUGGACGGGUCAGAUCAAUCGGAUAGUUCGAGUAAACGUGAAAUCCCGAAGAAUCGCGCUGCGAUACACAUUCCUGCGGAUAAAAACGACAGUCUUCACGGGAGUUGGUACAUACUGUCCACACUGGGAGAAGGCGCUUAUGGCGACGUUAAACUUGUGGAGAACGUCGCACAGCAAAAACUUUUGGCAAUGAAGGUUAUUCCAAUUCAGAAGACUAUAUCGACGGAGGAAAAUCGACCUGUGUUGGAUCUGGUUCAGCGAGAGAUCUUGAUUCACAAGAAUAUCCGCCAUGAGAAUAUCAUUGAAUUUGCUGCUACACGGAAAACGUUGGCGAAUACGUACAUCUUUCUGGAAUAUGCGUGUGGCGGUGAACUGUACGACAGAAUCGAGCCAGACUUUGGUGUUCCUCGCAAUAAGUGUCACAAAUGGUUUGUGCAGAUUAUGAAUGGAUUGGAUUACCUUCAUCAAAUGGGUAUUGUGCAUCGCGAUAUUAAGCCCGAAAAUCUGCUUUUGGACCAGAACGAUGUCAUAAAAAUUUCUGAUUUCGGCUUGGCCACAUUGUUCCGCGACAAAGGCAAACUGCGAGAAAUUACAACUCGCCGUGGGACUGCUUCGUAUGUUGCGCCGGAGGUAUACAAUCGUGAUAAAUUCCAUGCCCAGCCAUUGGACAUUUGGUCGGCCGGUAUUGUUUUGGUAACCAUGGUCAGCGGUGAACUGCCUUGGGAAGCGGCCAACGUCGAGCACGAGGCCUACUGUUCAUGGAAAAUGGCUUCGUUAACGCUGUCACCGUGGAACAAAAUGCCUACUGAAUGCAUAGCGAUUUUACGAAAAAUGUUGGACCCACAACCGACAGCUAGAGCCACGAUUGAUGACAUUCGGAACAACCACUGGUACAAGAGAGGGUUCACAGAGAGAGCGAUUCGUGCUCCGCCGCCGAAGCGCAUUCGAUUUGACAUCAAUAUUCUUACCCUGCCACCGAAAAGUGAUUGCCACGAUGAUAGUGCUAACGAUGCGGACGUUAUGGAUAAAAUGUUGUCUCAGCCAGUAAAACUGGAAGAUCUCUUACUAAGUCAGUCACAAGGCGUCGAUGCGUUGAAGGAACAACAUCCCAUGGCACGUUUGGUGAAACGUAUGACGCGAUUCUUCUUAUCAUGUGGCGUCCAGGAAGCCGUUGAUACACUGAAGGAAAUCCUCGACCCGAUGCAUAUGUCAAUCACGCACAUAUCCUCUGGAUCGUACACGAUAUCUGGAAAUGAUCGCUACCGAAUACCGUUAGUGCUGAAAUUGUCGUUCGUCCAAAUCGGAUCGAAACUCCUCAUGGAUUUCCGUCUGUCGAAGGGUAACGGAUUGGAGUUCAAGCGUAUGUUCACUAUUUUCCGGCAGAAACUGAAUCAUUUGGUUGAUGAGGAACCAGUGGCUUGGAAAGGAAGCGAAGAUGACGACGGUGAUGAACUUAUCGGUAAUUCUAGUAAUUCUAAGGGAUUCUGAUUUCGAAAAUCAGCUCCUUCUCUCACUUGUUGUGAAUUUUUCGUUGUGCAUUUUUCUUCUUAUCAUGCGGGCAGGUUUGAUAAGAAAAACGGUCCGCAGGAAUUUUUUUCUUUGAUAAUUCUGAUUUUUGACUUUUUAUUCUGAUGCCUAAAAAGCGUUAGUGUCUCGACGCGUGAAGGUGCUAUAGCAAGGAAUGGCAGUUUCUUGAUAUUACGUUUAUUUUAUUUUCUCGGUGUUCUAAUUUGUGUUUUAGUAUUACGUGAAUUAACUAUCUCUGUCAACAUACUUGAUGAUGGUUUAGCUAUUUUGUGACAGAAAAGUCGAGCUGGGAUAAACAUUACUUUUAGUCUAACUCUGCUCUUUACGAAUUUGUAUUCUUCGUGUAUUUUCGUUAUUUGUACCCUUGAGAAAGAUUAAG